AUGGCGGACAACAUUUCGACCUCGCGGCCAGACCGAGAUACGGACACCUCUCCCACUCCGCCCGCCGUCGACACAUAUGAUCACGUGUAUGCAGACACGGCGUCAAGGUCAGGUCCAGGCACGCGACGCACAUCCAUCUCCUCCGCCGACAUGAGCAACCCAAGUCGGCCGUCGGAGCAGCAGCAGAGCUUCUCCAGCCUGCAGAACAGCCAGGCCAGUACGUCUGAGAGCAGCAGGCGCCCGCGUCCUCGGCAGGACUAUGGUAUGUCUCGUCCGGCCAAGUCAAGUGUAGUGUCGCGCCAUAUCAGCCAUGUAUACUGAUCCCCUUUACCUGCAGGCUCAAUGCAGGGUUCGUCGACUGGUAGCGGAAGUGGGGGACGCCAACAAGCUCUUGCUCCACAAACACCACAACAGCAACCUCCCAAACGACCCACUAGCUCGCGGAAACUCUCCACCCAAGCACCGCAUCGCGGCGAGGUCUUCUCGGUGGACGACGACGCCAGCGAAGUAGACCAAGACAACCGGCAGACGAGACGAGACCCUAGGGCAGACGUGAGGGAACGACAGCUCAGGCGGCGAGAGAGUACGCUCAGACGGCGGCCGACAGCCGCAGCGCCAUCUUUACCGCGGGUCGAAAGCGACGAGCAUGAGGAGGAAGCACAAACAACUGGCAAUGACGCGGCCGCAGCUGCAAGACCAAAGUUGCCCACUGACAAUGGUGACCCAAGCUCAGAGGAGACCUUGCAAGGGGAAGAGGAAGAGGAGGAGACGCCUGAUGCGGACGAGGACGACGAUGGUAAUGUCAGCGAUGCCGAAAGCUUCACCCUGAAGGACCGACAAGAGGCAAUCAACGAAACCCAUCCGUUUGGUAUCAGAAUCUGGAAACCCGCGUUGUACAAGAAGAGUCGAUCAGUGCAGCGCAAUGCUGAGGGCGACAUCCACAGUGCUCCAGGUGGAAAUGUCAGCAGGUGGCUUUGGAUCUUUAAUGGACUCUGGACUCUCAUCUUUGGAUGGUGGCUGGCCACCAUCACCUCAAUUGGAGGAGUCAUCUGCAUGGUUCUAGCUCUAUUUCAAGAGUCUGGAUCCGGCUGCGAAGAGUAUGGACGAGUGCUGAUCAAUCUUGCACACUACCUCUUCUACCCCUUCGGCAAAUACGUGAGAUUGGAGCGCGAGGAGGCUUACAUGCACGAGGAUGAAGGAGAAGGACGAGACAUCAGUGAAUACGAGCGCUGGCAGGCCGGCGACCUCGAGGAAGGACGUCUCUUCUUUGGACCUACUGACAUUAAUCGCUCUCUUAUUGGUCGCAGACGGGAUGAGGUUCCAGACCUGGAAGCGGACGAAACGGAUAGCCUCCUCGCUCGCGCACGCCAGAGCUCUGUUGCCAGGCAGGCACGUCUGAAAUCCAAGAAGCGACUCUUUGGACGUGGAAAGUGGAACGUCGGUCGCGUGAUCUUCUUCCUGUUUUUCUACUUUCUGAUCGCACCAUUGCUGUUCAUCGUCUGCGGUAUCUGCUGGUUCUUGGUGUUUACGAUACCCAUGGGCAAAGUCACCCUGCUCUUGUUCUAUCACCUCCGUCGCCAUCCGCUCGCGAUGAGCUUCCACACCGACAGCCAUUAUCAGCGCGCGCCAUCUCAGCCUAGAGGCAGCAGUGAUAGCGUCAUUCUGCUCUGCACAUACCGUGCUGUCGGAACGAAGUACUGGAAGUAUACCAUCGAUGGUACCAACAUCUUCCUCAUCAAUCUUCUUGGCCUUGUCCUUUUCGCCAUCUUCGACUACUUUGUCCUAUACGAGACAAUGGGCAUCCGCGUGUGGGUCACCUCUCCAGGAUUCAUCUUCGUCAUUGCGCUGGCCUCAAUCAUUCCACUUGCGUACUUCAUCGGCCAGGCGGUAGCGUCCAUAUCCGCUCAGUCUACCAUGGGAGUCGGCGCCACGAUCAAUGCAUUUUUCAGCACAAUCGUCGAAGUCUUCCUGUAUUGUGUUGCACUGAAUCAGGGCAAAUCACAGCUAGUCGAGGGCAGCAUCAUCGGAUCCAUUUUUGCUGGCAUCCUGUUCUUGCCUGGAAUCUCAAUGUGCUUCGGUGCUAUCAAGCGCAAAACUCAGCGAUUCAACGUCAAGUCGGCUGGUGUGACCUCGACCAUGCUUCUGUUUGCCGUCAUUGCUGCGUUCGGGCCUACCCUGUUCUACCAAUUCUACGGCUCGCACGUUCUCAACUGCCGCCAGUGCCGUAGCGUGGACAAAGGCGAGGAGCGGGACUGCCGCCGAUGCUUCUUCUCUCAGAGUCCUGCACUCAACGACAGGUUCUUUACUGAAGCCGUGCGGCCCUACGUCUACUUCUGUGCUAUCUGUCUGUUCCUGUCCUAUGUAGUCGGGCUACUCUUUACCCUUCGAACGCAUGCGGCAAUCAUCUGGAACAUCGAGAUGGAGCACGAAAGGGAAAAGACCCAGCCAGAGCAUGCGCCACAUUCAGCUGCGCAUGCCCACACCAACACCCCCUUGUCCGCCCAACAUGCCCCUGUUGAAGGCGCUCAAACCACCACAGGCUCCAAGCCUGUCCAAGGGACACUUCCAAGAGAAGAUAUCCGCGCGAGUCAGAUGUACAAGCGUAUCCUCAACCAGAGUCUGAAGCAAGCAGGCAUUCUUCAAGCCGGUUCGAAGAAGGGGAGUGUGGACGAGUUAGUUUCUCAAACAGACGGUCAGCAGCCUCACAUCGUUCCACCGAAGAGUGCAGGAGACGAUACUUCUGCCGCGACAAGCGUCAGAGUAAUGGGCCUCAGCGCGGAAGAUAACCGGGCGCUAGUACAACAGGUCGCUGAGAUGGCUGCUACGGCCGCUACCAUCGCCGCUAGGGAUGCCACAAAAGCUCCUCGCAGGGCGAGCGCGAUGGCGACAACUGCCAGCGCCGGAACCGCAUCGAGAAGUCAGUCUUACAAGGACAUCAAGGGCCAGCUCAAGGACAUCAAGGACAGCAAGGACGGGCAGUCACAGCACGUGGGCGAUCGUGACUUGCCGCCCGAUUCAGCAUCAGCCCAUCCUGCGACACAGGAAGAGCCCGCUGUUGGUAACGGAGGCCACGACGCGCCCAACUGGUCUCGAACCAAGUCCGCGAUCAUCCUACUUAGUGCUACUGUGGCAUACGCCGUGAUCGCGGAGAUCCUUGUCGACACUGUCGAUGUGGUGCUGUCAUCGGUUGACAUCCCCGAAAAAUUCCUGGGCAUCACGCUCUUCUCCCUCGUGCCAAACACCACCGAGUUCCUCAACGCCAUCAGCUUCGCUAUGAACGGAAAUGUUGCACUGUCGAUGGAGAUUGGAUCGUCCUAUGCUUUGCAGGUCAUUCUGCUUCAGACCCCAUGUCUCGUACUGUUCAGUGCCUUUUACCUGAACUGGCUGCCAACGGACAAGAUCCUGAACCACACUUUCUCGCUGAUCUUCCCUCAGUGGGACAUGACUUGUGUCAUCCUGAGUGUGGUGCUCAUGGGCUGGGUCGUGAAUGAGGGAAAGAGCAAUUACUUCAAAGGGAGCAUCUUGAUCUUUACCUACCUUGUUGUCAUUGUUGGGUUCUGGUUCACAGGAUGGAACGACAUGGAGGUGAGUCCACACACCCAGAUCUGUACCGCGUAAUGAGUUACUGACCUUAUCUGCAGAUGAUGGAGAUCGACCGCUUUGAUACCCUCGCACUUGGUGUUCGCCCCGAAAGCUUCAGGACGAUUGGCAAGUCCAGCAGCGGAAGAGCUUUGUGA